ACUUUUCUAUUCCCAACACAAACGGAUAGUUUUGACGACACGUGAUUGGCUCUUGGUACAAGGAAGCAAACAGUUGAUUGGUUCAUUGUAAAAAACCCGGCAGAAGACAAGAGUGGACGAACAAAAAUAACACAGGAGCCGCUGGAAUAGCAACUGUUUAUUUGCCAGGAGCCCAGUGAUAAAGGAACCAUGGUUGAUCCAAUGGAGAAUGGCUUGUUUGACAUUCCUGACUAUGACAACACGGAUGACGAGACCUUUCCUCCUCUCCCUCCUCCCUUCUCACCAGGAGAGGGAGGAGAUCCUUUUACAGGGGAGGAGGGAGGAGAGAUCUCCAAGCUGGCCGAAGUCCCUGUUGCCAAGAGGAGAGGCGUCAAGAGACCACAGCCCAAACUGGACUCUCAGAGGCUGACAUCAGAAAGAGGACUUCCGGCUCUUCGUAACCUGUUUGACAACAUUCAUUUCAAAGGCAAAGGACACGAGGUUGAGGACUUGCGGGUGCUGAUGCAGAGGAUGGAGAACUGGGCUCACAGGCUGUACCCCAAACUACAGUUCGAAGACUUCAUAGACAAACUGGAGACGCUGGGCAGCAAGAAAGAAGUCCAGACGUGUCUGAAGAGAAUACGGUUCGACAUGCCGCUGAUACAUGAAGACUUCAUAGGAGACGACGGUCAGGUCCCCAUCACCCCAGCCCCCUCCCUGUUCCCUUCCUCCCAGGCUGGCCCGGUCCACUCUACCCCAGCCCCCUCCCUGUUCCCUUCCUCCCAGGCUGGCCCGGUCCACUCUACCCCAGCCCCGUCCCUGACAGAGGAACAGCAGAGACGUAUAGAACUCAACAAACGGCUGGCCUUAGAGAGGAGACUGGCCCGCAUGCAGCAACACACAGGUCAGACACGACAUCACACUCAGAGAGGAGACUGGCCCGCAUGCAGCAACACACAGGUCAGACACGACAUCACACUUAGAGAGGAGACUGGCCCGCAUGCAGCAACACACAGGUCAGACACGACAUCACACUCAGAGAGGAGACUGGCCCGCAUGCAGCAACACACAGGUCAGACACGACAUCACACUCAGAGAGGAGACUGGCCCGCAUGCAGCAACACACAGGUCAGACACGACAUCACACUCAGAGAGGAGACUGGCCCGCAUGCAGCAACACACAGGUCAGACACGACAUCACACUUAGAGAGGAGACUGGCCCGCAUGCAGCAACACACAGGUCAGACACGACAUCACACUCAGAGAGGAGACUGGCCCGCAUGCAGCAACACACAGGUCAGACACGACAUCACACUUAGAGAGGAGACUGGCCCGCAUGCAGCAACACACAGGUCAGACACGACAUCACACUCAGAGAGGAGACUGGCCCGCAUGCAGCAACACACAGGUCAGACACGACAUCACACUCAGAGAGGAGACUGGCCCGCAUGCAGCAACACACAGGUCAGACACGACAUCACACUUAGAGAGGAGACUGGUCCGCAUGCAGCAACACACAGGUCAGACACGACAUCACACUCAGAGAGGAGACUGGCCCGCAUGCAGCAACACACAGAUGGCUCCCAGGAGAUGGCCUCCAGCCAGUCAGCAGACAGACCAUCUACCUCCCAGUCCCAGGAGAUGGCCACCCAGUCAGCAGACGGACCAUCUACCUCCCAGUCCCAGGAGAUGGCCACCCAGUCAGCAGACGGACCAUCUACCUCCCAGUCCCAGGAGAUGGCCACCCAGUCAGCAGACGGACCAUCUACCUCCCAGUCCCAGGAGAUGGCCACCCAGUCAGCAGACGGACCUCUACCUCCCAGUCCCAGGAGAUGGCCACCCAGAGAUGGCCACCCAGUCAGCAGACGGACCAUCUACCUCCCAGUCCCAGGAGAUGGCCAGCCAGUCAGCAGACGGACCAUCUACCUCCCAGUCCCAGGAGAUGGCCACCCAGUCAGCAGACGGACCAUCUACCUCCCAGUCCCAGGAGAUGGCCACCCAGUCAGCAGACGGACCUCUACCUCCCAGUCCCAGGAGAUGGCCACCCAGUCAGCAGACGGACCCUCUACCUCCCAGUCCCAGGAGAUGGCCACCCAGUCAGCAGACGGACCCUCUACCUCCCAGUCCCAGGAGAUGGCCACCCAGUCAGCAGACGGACCCUCUACCUCCCAGUCCCAGGAGAUGGCCACCCAGUCAGCAGACGGACCAUCUACCUCCCAGUCCCAGGAGAUGGCCACCCAGUCAGCAGACGGACCAUCUACCUCCCAGUCCCAGGAGAUGGCCACCCAGUCAGCAGACGGACCAUCUACCUCCCAGUCCCAGGAGAUGGCCACCCAGUCAGCAGACGGAUCCUCCACCAGGUCCUCCUCACACCUCUUCCCCAGCCAGCAGCAGCAGGAUGGGGAGGAUGAAGACCUGGACCAGGGAGACCCAGAGGACAAGGGCCAGAGCAGGCCAGACCACUCCAGGGACAGAGCUCUAAACACGGCUUCCCCUGCUGAGGCUGACUCCCUGGUGUGUGAGGGAGCAGUAGCCAGCCCUGUUCCUGAGAUGAGCAGCGUCAGCAGGACCUGA